UGCGUAAUUAUUUAGUUAUUACUAUAAUGUUUUCAAAAAAAAUCCAAAUUUUUAAGUUUUACAUUUUUUGUAUUUUUUAUAUUCACAAUAUGACUUUUAUUUAUAAAUAGGUGAUGCCUAAUACCUAUAUAAUUAUUUAUGUACAAUACAAAACGCUAAAUUAAAGAUUAGUUACACGGACCUUAGAGAAAACAACAGUCAGUAUUUACGUCUUGACUCUCCCAUUCCCACUCACCCACUGUGGUCUGUCGCACAUUGCAAAUAACUACUACGAAUGCGGAAUGACCACGAAAUUUAAAAAUUCUUUGUGGAAAACGUGCCACCCGGUGCGGAUUGCUAUCUACCGGUAAAAAUCAGAAGUAACGAUCACUAUCGUCGGGGUAAUCACCAUUUUUGGCGUUGAUAAGCUGAUAUUAUCUCUGACGUACACGGUGAUAACAGUAUUUAUUAAUUAUUUCGUGAAAAAUAACAACAAUAGUAAUAAUAAUAAUAAUAAUGUGUCCAACGCCGUUGUAUAGUCGUUCGCCGCGAUCAUAAAAAGUGCGCCUGCGUUACGGUGACAAUUAUUUACGACAAUAAUUACCAUUUAUCACGACGGGACGACAAUAAUUAAUAACACGACCAUUGUAAUUGAUCAUCUUCAAUUAUUAUAAAAUAUAUUGUAAUACGUGCGUGCACUACAACACGACAAUAGUAAUAAUAAUAAUAAUAAUAUAGUGGGUGUGUGCGUGUGCGUUUGCUUUCGCGUGCGUGCGGCAAACCGUCGUGGUCGCAGAGCGUUCGCGUUAUCCCAUUUCCCAAUUCCCAAUCGGUUCGACCCGAUAAAGAAUAAAUGAUCUGAGUGGCUGGCCGUCGCCGCCGCGUACCGACCGACUCAUUUCCACCGUCAUACGACGUGGCACGUAUUUAAUGUUUAUCGUCCGUGUGUCGCGCGCCGCGUUGGUCUCGAUCGCUGUCCGCACUAUGGACCGUCCGCGUUUCCGAAGACGACACUCGACGACAUCGUCCGCUGCCCACUCGUCCGUCGCCAACAACCGUUCGAGCGCCGACAGCGUUUAACGGGUCUCCGCUGUACCGCCAACAUACACCACCGACACACGUCGUCGGCACAUCGCCUCGAGCCGCAGACACACGCCGGAGACGAGUCACCGCAGACAACGACACCACCGGCGCAGAGACGUCCGUCGGCAACACUCGGGGCAUGUUAAGUCCGUCGUCCCACUGACAUGUGUGGCGUCGACACCAAAAUGGCCGAAACCAAAGCGCUGAUAUUGGUCGGUGGCUAUGGCACCCGUCUCCGACCGCUCACGUUGAGCCGGCCAAAGCCGCUGGUCGAGUUUGCCAACAAGCCGAUGAUACUUCAUCAGAUCGAAGCACUGGUCACGGUCGGCGUGCGUGAGGUUAUAUUGGCUGUUUCGUACCGUGCUGAGCAGAUGGAAAAAGAGAUGAGUGAUGAAGCCAAAAAACUUGGUGUUCGGCUAGUUUUUUCACAUGAAUCUGAACCACUUGGCACGGCUGGACCUUUAGCUCUAGCCAAACAUUUGUUGGCCAACAAACAAAACCAGCCAUUUUUUGUUUUAAACUCUGAUAUUAUAUGUGAAUAUCCAUUUAAAGACCUGAUUGCGUUCCAUAAAUCACAUGGUUGUGAAGGUACGAUCGUGGUGACUAAGGUUGAAGAGCCAUCCAAGUAUGGUGUUGUAAUGUAUGAUGAAGACACAGGGCGCAUAGAAAGUUUCAUUGAAAAACCACAAGAAUUUGUUUCAAACAAAAUCAAUGCAGGCAUUUAUAUUUUAAACCCAUCUGUGUUGGAUAGAAUUAAGUUGGAGCCAACAAGCAUUGAAAAAGAAGUGUUUCCCUUUAUGGCCCAAGACGGUCAACUAUAUGCAUUUAACUUAAAAGGUUUCUGGAUGGACGUAGGACAACCUAAAGAUUUCCUAACUGGAAUGUGCAUGUACUUGACUUCAUUAAAGACGCGUAGUCCAACUUUAUUGUAUUCUGCUGAUGGUGUUGUUGGCAAUGUUCUUGUUGAUCCAACUGCAACUAUAGGAGAAGGUUGUAAAAUUGGUCCAAAUGUUACUAUUGGUCCAAAUGUUACUGUUGAAGAUGGUGCUUGCUUAAGAAGGUGUACCAUACUAGCAGGGGCCACAGUUAAAUCACAUACGUGGUUGGACUCUUGCAUAAUCGGUUGGCGUUCAGUAGUUGGAUGUUGGGUUCGUAUGGAAAAUACUACUGUGCUUGGAGAAGAUGUUAUUGUUAAAGACGAAUUGUACAUUAAUGGUGGACAGGUUUUACCACAUAAAUCAAUCAGUACUUCUGUACCUGAUCCUCAAAUUAUUAUGUGAUUAAUAUUAUUAUUAUUAUUUUUUAAAUAUUUAAAUAUUAUUAAUUGUUAAUUUUUUAUUUUUGUGUACAUUGGGGAAUUAUUCAUAUUUAUUUAUUAAAUAUUAAAUCUGGGAAAAAAAUAGGUCAGUCUUAAUAUUUUUGGAUAUAUUUUAUUCUAAGGCUAGAUCAAUAAAAAAAUAUUAAAACUUAUUAUUAUAUUAAAUUCAUUAUGAUAUAAAACAACUGUUCUGACUUUAGAUUUCCUAAUUGUCGUAAAAAAUAAGAAAAAGAUUGGACCUUUCAGAUCCCAGGGCACAGAAUUAUAUUAUAUUAAACAAAUAUGUAGAAAUAUUAAAUAGCUAUUUAUUUUGUAACCUAUCAUAAUAAUUAGGUUAAUAUGCAUACUUCAUGCAACACUAUAUUGAAAAAUAAACAAAUUUUUUUUUUUAUUAUUUGUUUAAAUGUAGUUAAUUAAAAAACACUUGCUUAAAAUUACUUCAUUUAAAUUAUUAUACUAUUAAAAAUUAAAAGUGUUCAAUGUUUUAUUAUGUACUCACGUUUUUGUUUGCAUUGAAUUUAUGAUUUUUCAUAGUUAAACAACACCUUUAUAUUUUGUGUAUAAUAGUAUAAAUAAUACUAGUAAAAAAAAAAACAAUAUUUAUAUAAAAAACAUAUUUUUAAGUGAUAAAGAUUAAGGCUGUAUGGUUAUAUGUUAAAUUAUUUUAAUUUCAAUAGUUAUCAAUAAUCUAAGUAUUGUUAGGUUAUUUGGAUAAACAUAACAAGACUCACAUAAUACUUUGAAAAACCUAUUACAUUUGAAAAAACAAUUAAUAAGUAAAUGAUAACUAUUAUAUUUUAUUAUAUAUUAUAUAUUUAAUAGGUACACAUAAAAAUAAAUAGGUAAAAAACACUAUUGAGUUACCUAUCUCCUAAUAAAAAUGUGUAUUUGAUCAAUAAUACAUUUCACAAAUCAUUUAUUUUCUUAUUAUGGUUGUUACAUGUAUUCAAUUGUACAAUUAGUUAAUGUAUUUAUGGUAAUCAAUCACUUAUUUAUAAUCAUUCAUGAGACUCAAUAAAUAUUUACUAAGGAUAAAAGUGCAAUAAAGAAAAACAAAUUUGUCAAUGCAUUUUUAUUACCAUUUUAUAUAAGAUUAAUUCCAAAAAUAUAAUUUAUUUAAACUUUUUUUAUUGUUUAUUUUUAUAUACAUUUGUAAUUCAUAAUUGCAAAAUAUAUUUCAAAAACACUUACUAUAAGUAACUCUAAGUCCAAUAUUUUGUUUUAGAAGUAAAAAUACAAGUUAUUUUGUAUACAAUAAGUUAUAUUUUGAAGGUAAACAUUUUUUUUUUUUUGUUUAUUAAUGGCUUUAAAAACUGAAAAUAUUAUAUUAAAAUUUCUGUACUAUUCUGUUAAAUAAAGCUAUUUAUAUUUGCA